GAGCGAGCACAGCUAGCCGGCGACGGCGAGACAUGGCGGCGACGGAAACACUGGUCUUCCCCGGCCCCGACGGAUUCGACUGCGCAAGGCGGCUCCGCCACAAGAUGAUCCUCUCCUGCCUCUUCAACCAGCGCCUCUACCCCACCUUCCAAUCGAUGGUCCAGCAGACGGACGCGCACAUGUGCGGGGAUCAUCUGCGGCGGCUGGUGUCCCGGGGUCACUGGGCCGACGCCCUGGACUACCUCGGCCGCUUCAACGCGCGCAACACCGUCGCCUCCAACGCCCUCCACUUCUUCCUCCACACGCUCUGGGCCCUGGCCGACGUCGCCGCCGCCGCCACCGACGGAUCCGUCAAAUCCACCGCGCACCAGCACGGCAUGGCAUUGUCCACGGUCAUCUGCCGCUGCGCCAGGCUCCGCUCCAUCGUCAAGGCCAUGGUCGAAUCACCACAGCAAUGUGUCUCCCUGGACUGGAAAUCGACGAGGAUCAGGGCGGCGAGCAUUGCGUAUUUCUUGGCUCGCGAGGAUGCGGACUUGUAUCGCCUCAUGCAGCUUCCCGACCACGCCCAAAUGCUCCCACUGCUCCCCUUCAGGCCAAGGCGUCACGUGAAACGGCCACCUGGGCGCCGACCACGAGGACGGGGACCUGCCAUCGCCAGGCUCUAUCUCAGCAAGAGGGCAAGUCUGCGUGCUUCAACUCCACAUACUCCUGCAUUCAUGGAUGAGUCACUGGAUAGGGUGGCGGGUCUUGUCGAGGAGUGUCUAAAAGCUGGUAAGCGCCACAAGCUUCAUCAAGGGGCUUCACUUCCUUCGGUUGGUCGAGUGCUUAACUUCCUGACUCCGCUUCAAAUCGCUCCUGGAGCACCGGUUUCACAGGCCAACUCUGGGAGAACAUCAGUGCCAAAUUCAGGUAAAAUGGCUAAAAACUUAGCCAUCCAAUGA